GCUCCCGGGGCCGCUGCCGGCCGAGGGCUCGGCGAGGAGGGGCGCUCGGCGGCGGCCGGGGCGAGCCGGGCACUCGGACUCCAGCGUGCCGAGCGCCGGCCGGGGGCGGCGGGGGCGCCGAGGGUCCCGCUCCCGGUCCUGACGCCUCCGAGCGCCGCUCUCCAACGCCCGAGGAGGAGGUUGGAUUUCAGCAACUAUUUCCUCUCUCCUUUUUUUUUUUUUUCCUCCGGGUCGUUCUGACCCUCUCUGGAUACUGGGUUUGAUCUACGGGAGAAAAAAAAAAAAACAACAACAACCCGAAGACGACGUGUGGGAUUUAAUUUUUUUCCUCGUAGUUUUUGGAAUCUUCUCACUUGGACAAGAACUCAAGAGCAAAAUCCCCGGAGGAAGAGGAAGGCAGCCCUGGAGUGGCGGGGAUUUCAACAGCGGAGUGAGAGAUGGAACCGGAGGAGGAGCGCGUCCGCUACAGCCAGAGACUGCGUGGCACCAUGAGACGGCGCUAUGAAGACGAUGGCAUCUCAGAUGAUGAAAUUGAAGGGAAAAGAACUUUUGACUUGGAAGAAAAGCUCCAUACCAACAAAUACAACGCCAAUUUUGUUACUUUUAUGGAAGGCAAAGAUUUUAAUGUAGAAUAUAUCCAGCGUGGUGGCUUGAGAGACCCUCUAAUUUUCAAGAAUUCUGAUGGACUUGGAAUAAAGAUGCCGGAUCCGGACUUCACUGUGAACGACGUCAAGAUGUGUGUGGGGAGUCGCCGCAUGGUGGACGUUAUGGAUGUGAACACCCAGAAAGGCAUCGAGAUGACCAUGGCCCAGUGGACUCGCUACUAUGAGACCCCAGAAGAGGAGCGGGAGAAACUGUAUAAUGUCAUCAGCCUUGAGUUCAGCCAUACCAGGCUGGAAAACAUGGUGCAGAGGCCCACCACAGUGGAUUUCAUUGAUUGGGUAGACAACAUGUGGCCAAGGCAUUUGAAAGAAAGUCAGACUGAGUCUACAAACGCCAUCUUGGAGAUGCAGUACCCGAAAGUGCAGAAGUACUGUCUCAUGAGUGUGCGAGGCUGCUAUACCGACUUCCAUGUGGACUUUGGUGGUACCUCAGUUUGGUAUCACAUCCAUCAAGGGGGAAAGGUCUUCUGGCUCAUCCCCCCUACAGCCCACAACCUGGAGCUGUACGAGAACUGGCUGCUGUCAGGGAAGCAGGGAGACAUCUUCCUGGGUGACCGGGUGUCAGAUUGCCAGCGCAUUGAACUCAAGCAGGGCUAUACCUUCGUCAUUCCCUCAGGUUGGAUUCAUGCUGUGUACACUCCUACAGACACACUAGUAUUUGGCGGCAAUUUUUUGCAUAGCUUCAACAUCCCUAUGCAGCUGAAAAUUUACAACAUUGAAGAUCGCACACGGGUUCCAAACAAGUUCCGCUACCCCUUCUACUAUGAGAUGUGUUGGUACGUCCUGGAGCGCUACGUGUACUGUAUAACCAACCGUUCCCACCUGACCAAGGAGUUCCAGAAAGAGUCCCUCAGCAUGGAUUUGGAGCUAAAUGGGCUGGAGUCUGCACACGGAGACGAGGACGCCGCGGAUCGGGAGCCCCGGCGCCUCAGCAACAGGCGCUCCGUUCUUACCAGCCCAGUGGCCAACGGGGUCAACCUGGAUUACGACGCAUUGGGCAAAGUUUGCCGGAAUCUUCCAAGUCUGAAGAAAACUUUGUCUGGGGAUGCCUCCUCUGACUCUGGCCGGGGUUCCCACAACGGCCAGGCGUGGGACGGCCAGUGCAGCCCGCGCAAGGACAGGCCAGUGCACCUGACCCAUUUUGAGCUUGAAGGCCUUCGCUGCCUUGUUGAUAAGUUGGAAUCUCUUCCACUGCAUAAGAAGUGUGUCCCCACAGGGAUAGAAGACGAAGAUGCGCUCAUUGCUGAUGUGAAGGUUUUACUGGAGGAGCUUGCCAGCAGCGAUCCCAAGUUAGCCCUCACUGGCGUCCCUAUAGUACAGUGGCCCAAAAGAGACAAGCUUAAAUUCCCCGCCCGGCCGAAGGUGCGGGUCCCGACCAUCCCCAUCACAAAGCCUCACACCAUGAAAGCAGCUCCACGGCUAACGCCCGUGAGGCCAGCCGCUGCCUCCCCGAUCGUGUCAGGAGCCAGGCGGCGGCGAGUGCGAUGCCGGAAGUGCAAGGCCUGCGUGCAAGGAGAGUGCGGCGUCUGCCACUACUGCAGGGAUAUGAAGAAGUUCGGGGGGCCUGGGCGUAUGAAGCAGUCCUGUGUCCUCCGGCAGUGCUUGGCACCGAGGCUGCCUCACUCGGUCACGUGUUCCCUCUGUGGGGAGGUGGACCAGAACGAGGAGACCCAGGACUUCGAGAAGAAGCUCAUGGAAUGUUGCAUCUGCAACGAGAUCGUUCACCCUGGCUGCCUGCAAAUGGAUGGAGAAGGGCUGCUGAAUGAGGAAUUGCCAAAUUGCUGGGAGUGCCCUAAGUGCUACCAGGAGGACACCUCGGAGAAGGCUCAGAAGCGGAAAAUGGAAGAGGGCGACGACGACGCCGUGCAAGCCAAAGUCCUGCGGCCCCUGCGGAGCUGCGACGAGCCCCUCACGCCCCCGCCUCACUCCCCCACCUCUAUGCUGCAGCUCAUCCACGACCCGGCUUCCCCCCGGGGUAUGGUGACUCGGUCAUCCCCUGGGGCUGGCCCCAGCGACCACCACAGUGCCAGCCGGGAUGAGCGCUUCAAACGGCGGCAGUUGCUGCGGCUGCAGGCCACAGAGCGCACCAUGGUACGGGAAAAGGAGAACAACCCCAGCGGCAAAAAGGAGCUGUCUGAAGUUGAAAAAGCCAAGAUCCGGGGAUCGUACCUCACUGUCACGCUGCAGAGGCCCAGCAAAGAGCUCCACGGGACAUCCAUUGUGCCCAAGCUGCAGGCCAUCACGGCCUCCUCUGCCAACCCGCGCCAUUCCCCCCGCGUGCUAGUGCAGCACUGCCCAGCCCGAACCCCACCGCGUGGGGAUGAGGAGGGGCUGGGGGGAGAGGAGGAGGACGAGGAGGAGGAGGAGGAAGAUGACAGUGCAGAGGAGGGGGGUGCGGCCAGGCUGCAUGGCCGGGGCAGUGGGGCUCAGGAUGGAGACGAAAGCUGGAUGCAGCGGGAGGUCUGGAUGUCUGUCUUCCGCUACCUCAGCCGCAGAGAACUUUGUGAAUGUAUGCGAGUGUGCAAGACGUGGUAUAAAUGGUGCUGUGACAAGAGACUCUGGACAAAAAUUGACUUAAGUAGGUGUAAGGCCAUUGUGCCCCAGGCACUCAGUGGCAUCAUCAAGAGGCAGCCAGUAAGCCUCGACCUCAGCUGGACCAACAUCUCCAAAAAGCAGCUCACAUGGCUUGUCAACAGGCUGCCAGGGCUGAAAGACCUCCUGCUAGCUGGCUGCUCCUGGUCUGCGGUCUCUGCCCUUAGCACCUCCAGCUGCCCCCUUCUCAGGACCCUUGAUCUUCGGUGGGCAGUAGGAAUUAAGGACCCGCAAAUCCGGGAUUUGCUAACUCCACCAGCCGACAAGCCAGGUCAGGACAAUCGCAGCAAGCUCCGGAACAUGACUGACUUCCGGCUGGCAGGCCUUGACAUCACGGACGCCACGCUCCGCCUCAUCAUCCGCCACAUGCCCCUCCUGUCCCGACUCGACCUCAGCCACUGCAGCCACCUUACCGACCAGUCCUCCAACCUCCUCACCGCCGUCGGGUCUUCCACGCGCUAUUCUCUCACCGAGCUCAACAUGGCAGGUUGCAAUAAGCUCACAGACCAGACCCUGAUCUACCUACGGCGCAUCGCCAACGUGACCUUGAUCGACCUUCGCGGCUGCAAGCAGAUCACUCGCAAAGCCUGCGAGCACUUCAUCUCAGACUUGUCCAUCAAUAGCCUCUACUGCCUGUCUGACGAGAAGCUGAUACAGAAGAUCAGCUAAGGCACGCCCCGCCCCGUGCGAACAGGAAACCAGCUUCCCCAGGAGUGCCGCUCCGCCCCGCCCUCGCAGUGGCACACGCCCUCUCUGCUCGCCUGGCCCUCCAGCCACUCCCCUGUAGGUGAGGUAGAGAGGGUGGUGGACUGGCUGACUGGCCUGCUCCCCCUCCUCAGGAACAGGGCUAAGGAGAGGGAAGAGCACGGGCCGCCGUGGCGCCCACCUGCCGUCCUGUCUGGGCCAGGUUCUCCUUGCGGGGUGUUUGCGUGCGUCACCUGGCCUCCCUGCCCGGGUCCCAGCGCAGCCUGGUUCUGAGCAGACUCCGGGAAAGAAAGCAGUUCUCCCGGUGGCUUUCAGUGCGUGGCGCUCUCCCGCCACUCCCAGGGUGUGCACAAGGGGCCACACUGGUGCUGCAGAGCGUGCUCUGGCUUGCCCUCUCUGUGUGGCACUGCCCAGUGCCCGUUCCUCCACACGAUGAGCUGUCCCUGCCGGUGCCACCCCAGGCUGCCCACCGAGGCUCCAGGAAGCCCUUGUUGCACUUACUGGGGUUGAAGCUCUUUCAAGGAGCGAGAACUGCCUACCCCAGGGACACCCCAAUUCACUCCUGCCCCGGGCAGAUUCUGAGACAGGCACCACCUCUCACCUCCCACCAACUGCCCUUCACAUGUCCUCAUUCCUGCCUGCACAGAGCUUUCCCAGAGGCCUGGGUGCGGCCCCCGGGCUGCAGUCGGGAGGGGGUGUGCAUGUGCCUCGGUGUGUGUGGCUGAGUGUCUUACGUGUGUGCGGGGAGGGGGCGUGCUCCCCAGCGCCUUCUGGUAAGCCCCGUCAGCUGCCCCUCUUUGCAUUCAACGGCCUGUCCAAAGACCCUCUCUCUAGGGCAGCGGAGAGCUUUUGCACUUUAAAAAAAGACGGAAGGAAGGGUGGGGGUGCCGGGGCCAGUGUGUAUGUGUGGGUCCCAGGCAGCCGCCGUGGGCUGGGCUGAGGAAGGCGCUGCGAAUUUGCACUGCUCCCCUGGGAAGGAUGCUGAUAGCACAAGCCCGCUCUGCCCCUGCCUGCCCCUCCCCAGAGCCCAGUCUCAGGCCUUCCCCCCCCCCCUGCUGUCCAAGGAGAGCCACCACCUGCCCCCCCCCCCCCGCCACUUGCAAAGCAAUAGACACCCUCUUUGCCCCCUGGGCCCCCGUGGGGUGUCACUGUGUCUGCUUCCCUUCUGCUGGGUCCCGGGGCUGUCAUGUGGAAGAAAGGCGGGGACUUACCCAGAGUGCCUCAGCCGUGGCCCGCCGAGAACCCUGGGUGUGGAGCGGAGUCCCUGCCGGUGCUGACGACCUGCCCCGGGAAGCCCCUGCCUUCGCUUGCUCCUGCGGAAAGCACCGCAGAGGUGACUUGGUUCUGUUGGGUGGUCUUUUACAAAGGGGUAGGGGAGACCCCUUCGAGCAGGGAUUGUGCCGGGAGAGUGCCUCAGCCUUCAGGACGUGUCACCCGCAGAGAUUGCCAAGCUGAUGGGUUAUUUUGGGUUUUGGAUUUUGAUGUUUGUUUAUUUGGGGGUUUGGAAAAACAAGCAGCAUUUUUAAUGUGGAGCGUGGAGCGGAGGCCGCCACAGCCCGAGGCCCAGUGGGCUUGACUCGGUUUGGACUGUGAGGGGAAAUGGUUUUAUGGGAAAGGGUUGGUCCACGUGGAGGAAGCACACGGCGGGGCCGGGCCCUGCAGGACCGGCUCUGGCUCCACCUGCAAGCACCAGGGCGGAAAAACGCAAGGGAAAGGAAGGAAAUUUAUAUAUAUAUAAUAUAAAAUCACUUGGUGAUUAAAAAUAACUGCUCCAUAAAUAAAACUCCUAAAGUCACU